GCUUCGUGCCGCUCCGGCGAUCUUCGUCCCCUACUAGGCGCACCGCGGCCGGCGGAUCCGUCAGACGGCGCUCGAUGGACGGACAGUAUCGCGAGCGCCGGCCAUGGCAGCAUGCGCGGGAACUUCGUUCCACGUAACGUUUCACGCUUCGCGCGUUCCACGAUCUCGUUCGUCCAUCGCCUGAUCGAUUCACCUGACCUACGAGUGCACCGCGUGUGCGCGCUGGAUCGAUUAUCGGGCACGCUUCUCCAUUUGGAUUUAACGGCGAUCUACCAAGCCAACGGACAGAAUCAGAAUCAGAAUCAGAAUCAGAAUCAGAAUCAGAGAAUCAGAGGAGCUGGAUUAACGGAUCACGAGGCGAAGAUAUCGGUGGAGGAAUCAACAAACCGAUAAUCCCACCUCUCGUAACGAAGGCCGAUCGAAGACAUCAGGAUCCACCAUCAGGCAUGAUCGAAUGAUGGAGGUGCUAUCUACGCGCCGAUACGAGGCUCGACCACCAUCAGCGAGCCAUCCACCGAUCCUCAUCGACCCUGAGAAUUCCGUGGCGUUGGUCAAAGAAGAGGAAUGGGAGACCCGCAAGAAGAAGGAAAUAACUACCACCAGGCAGAUCGAGACCAGAGUGAAGAGGCAGGUCGUGCUCGAAGAUGGCGAGGUGGUCGUCGACUCGGGGCCCCUUGUCACCACCAACACCACCGAGGAUGUCGAGCAACAGGAACACACCACUCAAGAGAGGCGAACGACCGGUGACCAGCCGCAAGAGGUCGAGUGGCCAACAGGUGGCAGAGGGCCCGCGGACGACGGUAGCGUGGUCCAAAAGGAAUUAAACGAGACGGUGGUGAGGAGCCGCGAAGAGAUCGAGGAGAGGCUCGAAACAGAGGAUCGUCAACAGCUGGGAGAUAUCUCGGACGAGGCGUACCAGAACGCGGUGAGGAGCAACCGCGGCGAUCUCAGAGCGGCACUCGCCGAAUCCUGCAAACAAUUGACCUCGCAAACGGGCCCCAAGGUCGUCCAGCACACGACCAAGUCGAACAAGGUCAUCGACACCGAGAAAACCUUGGAGAAGAAGGAACUGAAACCUGACGGGCUGAUCGUCACCGAGAGGAAACGGACCGUCGAGCACGAGGAGAUAAAGGACGACGAGGUUCCCGACGACGGGAGCGACGCGAACGGGGACGACGCAUCGGAGAAGAGGAAGGAAAGCUCUCACAGGUUUGUCAAGAAGAGGGACGAGGACGUGGUGGACUACAUCUCGGGUGGCGAGAGGGUCGCCCGAGAGAUGCGCUACGUCGCUGAAACCACCGAAGGGGAACGGAUAGGCGACUGGACGCCAUCGCCAACGGCCAUGCGAACCACUCGCUUCCACAAGCCUGGCUUCCCUACAGAGGGCUUUACGGGGCGCAAAGACGUGUUAACGAAGAAGCCACUGGACUUGGAAGAGGAAGAUGAAGCAAGAAAAUUCGAGACCUCCAAGUGGUUGGAGAGUCACUUCGGCAGUGAGUCACGUUCCUCCCAAGGUUCCAUCGAGGCAGACGAGUCUCCACUCCACACCAGCACCAACACCAGCUACAUCAACGUUACCAUGAAGUCCUGCACCCCCAAAGAGCGCGAUUAUCAGAACGUUAGCUCCGGCAAGCACCAACGACGUAGCACCGGUCGAGACUCCACGCCGCCUUCGGGAUAUUUUCAUGGGAUAAGCGAAUGGUCCGAGAGGUAUCAAGGAAAAGAGAGACAAAAUCACGGUAGAACGAGCUCCCCGUCGCAGUACGUCGAGCCAGUUCACACGAAUGGACACGCACACGAUCAUCAGAGGAACCAGGUCCAAGAGUCUACGUACUCGCGUACCUAUGAGUCUGUUCUUCGCCGUGAACACCAGGAGUCGAUUCACGACCGACAACGUACGCCAUCCCCACCUGUCAGGCGAAGAUCCAAGGAACAGUGGUCCACGAGGUCCGAAGAGAGAACCAGUGUGAACGACACGGUGCCAGGUAGAACGGCAAGCCCGGUCCACGUGGUGCAGAGAACCUGGGAGACCCGGAAUCGAGACGUUCAGGAGCAACCGGUCGAGCGGGAGAAUCGCAAGAAAUCGAUCUCGAGGUCUCGGUCCAGUUCGCCCAGACCAGAGUCUACCCCUCGCGGCAACAAAAAGCCCGUCGAGACUUCGACUCCGGCCCGUCCUGCGAAAAGUUCGGGACACUCGAAGUACAAGAUCGGCGAGUCGUUCAGAAAGCUGGUGGGGAAGUUACGCUCCGCGAGCUCCGAGAGGAAGAACAAACGGACGAGCAGCAGCUCCACCUCCCAGCUGACCCAGACGGACGACAACGGGCCGACUUACCUUCAGUACAACGUGAUAGACAAAAACAUCCCUCUGCUCCAUCAGAGGGACGUCGAGGACAAGCCACCCGAACGACCGCCUAGAUCCCCCAGAAACGCCGCGAUGAACAACGCGAACAAGACGACCAAAGUGGUCAGGACGAGCGACCACGUGGCCCAAGAGCAAUGGCAACGCAGCGAAUCCACGCCACCCGUUCAUAGGUAUUACCUGGGCGAGGAUCCUUUCGGUGGGAGCAUCUACGGCCGCGAGAAAGGCUAUCGGGACGCGAGGCGGUCGUCGAAACCCCGUGGCAGGACUGUCGCUGAGACGGAGUACAGCGUCACGUCCAGCUCCCUCGGCAGGUUUAGCAAGUCCACCGGUCGGCUGGCCAGCGAUCACGAGAGGGAUGAUCAUUUACGGAGCACGCAAACGUUGCCCAGGAACCUGCACUCCGUCGGCCAGUCCGCUAGGUCGCAAGCCCGCUCGACGUCGCGACGCCAGCACCCUCUGUCCGCCGCGGCGAGACAGGGAGCCGUGCAACACGCGGCGAUCUCGCCGUCGAGCCAGUCGCGUCGGUACGGCAGCAUGAUCAACAUCUCCAUUAAGAACACGGUCACGUCGCCGAAAGUCGCCGUGCAAACCAACCUGCAGGCCCCCGCCAAGCCCGAACGAACUUACAAAUCCACCCUGUCGCGCAGCAAGAGCUUCAACGUCGAGGCCGCGAGGAACGGCGUCGACACGCCCCCGCCGCGGAUACCGUACACGUCCAGCCUCCAGCUGAAUCGGUUGGACGAGACGCCGCCACUGAAGAGCCCGGGCAUCCUGGCGAGCAUCAGUCGCAGCAACAGGGACUUGCUGAGAGACACCAAACACGACUAUUGAGUCGUUUCGGACGACUCGAUUCUUAGACACGAGGGGGGUCAGUGCACGGAGAAUGGAACACCCUCGAGACAUUAACUCUUUCCAGUGCGAGUCGUCACUCGUCAUGAUCAUCAGGGUUAUCGUUUAGAGCAGUGUUGGACAUUCGUGGGGAAUUUUGGUCAUGCGCACUGGAGCGUAUGAUCACUGUCGUAUACGCUUAAUUAAAAUUUAGGGUACCGUUGGAUCCCAGUAAGGAAGCAAGAACAAAAAAUUUCCUCUUGAUCUACACGAAUAUAGCUAGAGAAUUACGUAGGGGAUCUUCGAUAAAUUAAUUUUUGUGUGAUUGGCGAGCAUUUGAAGUACGAAGUUCAAUUUUGUACAUAAGAUACAUCUAUGGUAGCAGUGACGUCAACUUACGCGUGCGCAGAAAGGAAUUCCCAGUGCGCAUGACCAACAUUCCCACGACGUCCAUCACUGGGUUUAGAGUCCCUUGGUUUCUUCCACUCUUCCCGCCAACGCUGUCCAAGGCAUUGAGGAAUAACGAAUAAAAAUGUUACAUUCA